AUGGACAGUGUAUUGCUGUAUUGGGAUGAUAUGCUUCUGAUUAUGGGCCCUUAUGGAGAUCCAGAGGAAUUUCCUCAUCCUCUAUCCCGUGUCAAGCAAUUAGCUGGAUAUAGAUUUUCAUAUCAGAUAGGUGACUCUUUAAUCUGGCUUGGAAUUCGAGACAUGAUAAAUGAUGUUUGGAAGAAAAAGUUGAAUCUGAAACCUAUCACUUAUUUUAGUGGUUCUCAAGGCUCUAAGAAUGAUAGUCCACAUGGAUACAUAUGGAGUCCUCAUCUUGUUCCUAAACCAAAAGAUUGGGGACCUAAAAUUUAUGUGGUUGGAUUUUGUUACCUUGAUCUCACAUCAAACUACAAACCCCCUGAGGAACUUGUAUGCUGGCUUGAAGCUGGCCCAAAGCCAGUCUACAUUGGCUUUAGUAACCUUUGUGCUAAAUUUGGGAAGCUGAACAAAUCGGUUAAGUUCCCAGAGAUUUUAGACAUGGCUCCAUAUGUUAGUGGGUCAAGUGAUAAGUCGCUAGUUUACAGGCUUUAUGGGGUGGUGGUUCAUGUAGAUACAAUGAAUGAUGCCUUUUCUGGUCAUUAUGUUUGCUAUGUUAAGAUUCAUCACAAUCAAUGGUUCAAAUUUAACGACACCAUGGUGAACGAGGUGGAUCUUCAACAGGUAUUAACAAAAGGCGCAUGCAUGCUCUUUUAUGCAAGGCUUGCAAUUACCAGCCGACUUCUUAUCUUGGUUACCGAUACUGGGGUCUGGAGUAGGAAUCUUCCUCCUCCAGUGACAACUCGGGGUUCUUCUCAGACUCAUGUUCUUGCAGCACAGAUAACAACACCCAAAAGGAUUCCAGUGAUCACAUUCCGGCUUUCAGGUGUUGCUAUCAAGCUUGUUGGCAAUACAGUGUGGAGUGCCCUCUUUCAUCAAUUCUUGAUAGUGAUGUCACGUGAGAUAUCAUUUUUCUUUUUGUUAAACAAUAAUAAUCCUUCUGAGGGGUUGUUUGUUGGGCUACUUCUUUCAAUGUCAUUAACAACAGUGGUUUUGAAGUUUUUGAUAGAAAAGAAUAGUGUUAAUGCUCUUCAUAGAAAAGUAUGUUGGUAUUUUAGGAAAUUCGGCUAA